GCGGGGUUUGAACCGGCAACCCUCCGACUGCCAGACAAUCGGUCUUACCUCCUGAGCUGUCAUUAAUCAAUGGCAAAGCCUUUAUUUGCCAUCACAGCAGUCAAACAUUUCUUAUAAUUGCCAACAAGCUUUUUGCAUGUCUCCACUAGGAUAGUUGUAGACUUGUAUCAUUUCUAACCUAAAAUACAUGUUAAAUAAAAAUAAAUAAGAAAUAAGCAACAUCUAAUGUCUCAUUUUAGACUGAUCCCAAGCCAAUCUGUGAAAUUGAAUGAAGAGGAAUAAAGGAUAAUGUAUUGUAAGACUAAGGGAUAAUGCAAUACUGGUUUUAGUUUCUUCAUACUGCAGGAUUUUUGAGAACAAAUAUUCUAACACUGUGGCACACGAAAGCUGGGAGUAUACUUGAUAAGAAAGGGAACUUGGCUGAAAUCGAACCAUGCCAUACAUCGACCACAUAUAAACAUGUAUAGCAUGGACUGUAAGAAAUAUGAAUCAGAUCACUGUGACGUCACCCAUUGAGUUCCAAUGGGCUUAGUGAAAAGCAUUUUGAAACUGCAAAAGUGAACUCACCAUGUUGUGAACUCACGUGAUAUCAUAUUUAAUGGCCCAAGUCCAGUUCCAAAAGCAAGAAUGCAAAGAAGCAACAAUGGUUAAAGGUACUGCUAGUGAUUCCCCUCAAAUAUCAAGGACGCAUUCGACGAACCCUUGCACAAUGAGAACCAGUCAUUGUGAGAUGGUAAACACGGGCCAAGCUCACAGCUAAGUUUGAGCUUUCACCAAUGAAUGUUAAUAACAUCUCGCUAAGAACAAAAACGAGGUGAAAAUAUGUGCGAAGAUCUUGGCUAGUUUGGCCAGCAGGGAUGCACACACUGUACUGUUUAAAGUCAAAGUCAAAACUUUUCUCCAAAAACGUGUCAUUUUGAGUAAUUUAGUUUGUGCAAAAAGUUAGUUUCCACAGCAAGUAUACUUCUAGCUUAAUGCCGAUUGACUGACUGUGAUCAAUAAUGCUUAAAUUUCAACACAAGUACAGAAAUCUGGACAUGCCCUGGACAGAAAUGUCCAAUCUGCUAACUCCAGCUAAAAUUACUCUUAAUCAGAUAUUAUUUGCAUAAAAUGCAAACUUUACUUUUCUGAACAAAGUCCGUGUUAUUUUUCUGAAAUAUGUGAGAAUUAUUGGUAAUAAGUUAUUUAUUUCACUCCUUGUUUUCAAUUUUGAUGUAUGUUUUUAGGAUACAGCUUUUAGGGGACGCUUUUUAAAUUUUUGUUUAGUAGUUACAGGACUACCCUAUUGCAGUCCAGUACACCAAAAAGGUCUUGGAAAAAAAUUCCAUUCUGGAACAGGAAACCUUCAGGGAUUAUGUUAUUUUAGGAGCUGCACUUCUGCACACCUUUGAGCAGCAGUAUGAUGCAGGCAGAACUCUGUCUGAGACGGGACACUGAGACAACACUACCAGAGCUCACUGAGCAGCACAGGACCAGACAGAAAGAAGAGGAACUCAGUGGACUGGAGUCUGUCCACAUGGCAGAGUCAGAGACAGAGUGUGCUGGACCAGGACUCAAUACAUUGGAGCCAGUGUGUGUUACACCACACAGUGGGGAGCUGUACUUCUGCUCACCUUUGAGCAGCAGUAUGAUGCAGGCAGGAGUCUGUCUGAGACAGGAUACUGAGACAAUACUACCAGAGCUCACUGAGCAGCACAGGAUCAGACAGGAAGAAGAGGAACUUAGUGGACUGGAGUCUGUCCACAUGGCAGAGUUAGAAACAGAGUGUGCUGCACCAGGACUCGACACACUGGAGUCAGAGUGUGUUACAGCACACAGCAGGGUCAGUGAUGUACACCACACACACACAUCACUGAUUAAAAUAGAAACUGAUCUGGGCUGCACACACACUAGGGAUCUUAAGACAGAGACCCUAGACAGUACAGAGCUGGGAUAUUUAACCCAUCUGCAUCCUGACCAAAUCAAAAAGGAGACUGAUGAUGGAGAAUACCUUAAGGCCGAACACAUCAGUGACGUGCACAAUAUGAAUUGUGUUCUUAUUAAAUCUGAUGAAAUGAAGUGUGAAUCCAGUGAAAGUUUAGUGACUGAUCUCAUAAAUACUGUGAUGAAUGGAGCUGCUGUUAAUCUCAGUGACAAGACUGAACCGUGGCAGUGUGCAGGAGAGCCAAACCCAAACUGUAUAAAAGAAGAAACUCAUGAUCUGCUGACCCAAUGUGGGGACUUAAAGAGUGAAAAUAAGAUUUUCCAGAAAGGUACAAACAGUAGCAACAAACGUAUACAUUGUCAGGGAACUAAUGAACCCAUGAUAAUUACCUCAAGUAAAAACCCAAGCCAUUUGAAUUUAUUGCAAAACAAGACAUUUAAUAGAAGUAAAGGGCAGAUGGAUACAGGUGAAAGACCGUAUGAGUGUACGCAGUGUGAGAAGUGUUUUAGUAGAAAGUCUGAUUUAAAUUCACAUGUGAGAAUUCAUAGAAAGCUCCACAAAUGUAGUCAAUGUGAGAAGUGCUUUUCCAAAAUAUCUCAUUUCAAUGCACAUCUGAGAAUUCAUACUGGUGAAAAGCCCUACACAUGUUCUGAUUGUGGGAAAAGCUUUUCUACAAUAUCUUGUUUAAAUAUUCACCAGAGAAUUCAUACAGGUGAAAAGCCCUACAAAUGUACUCAGUGUGGGAAGUGUUUUUCCUCAUUUAGUGCUUUCAAUCUCCACAAGAUGAUUCAUACCGGUGAAAAGCCCUUCAAGUGUCCUCAGUGUGGGAAGUGCUUUUCCGCAGUAUCUCAAUUAACUAUCCACCAGAGAGUUCAUACAGGUGAAAAGCCCUACAAAUGUGUUCAGUGUGGGAAGUGCUUUAGUACAAAUUCUACUUUAAACCAACAUCUGAGAAUUCAUACAGGUAAAAUGUUGUACAAGUGUACACAGUGUGACAAGCGUUUUAAUCUAAAAUCUUAUUUAUAUGGACACCUGAAAAUUCAUACUGGUGAAAAGCCUCACAAGUGUACACAUUGUGAAAAGUGUUUUCGUACAAACUUUGCUUUAAGUGUACACAUGCGAGUUCAUACAGGUGAAAAGCCAUACAAAUGUAUUCAGUGUGGAAAAUGCUUUGCCCGAUCCAGUGCAUUUAAUGUACACAAGAUGAUUCAUACAGGCGAGAAGCCCUAUGUAUGUUCUCAGUGUGGGAAGUGCUAUGUGACCACAAGUCAUUUGAAACGCCACCAAAGAAUUCAUUCAGGUGAAAAGCCCUACAUAUGCUCUCAUUGUGGGAAGUGCUUUUUGUGCACAAGUCAUUUAAAUCGCCAUAAGAGAAUUCAUGUAGGUGAAAAGUCAUAGAAAUGUACUCGUCAUAGAAAAGCUUUUUUCUGCAGAAUGUAAUUUAAAUUCACGUAUGAGAAUUCAUAAAGAUGUGAAGCUUUUGACAUUCAAAAAUGAAGAUAUUCAUUUUUUUCAAUAAAAUCUUUUAAUGAACAAAAAUAAUUUUUAUAAUAUGACCGAUGUUCUCUCUUUGAUAUUUCUUUCUGAUCCUAUUUUCAACAGACAUCUUACAAAAUGACUGGGACAAGCUGGGCAAACAGGCCUUUUCCAUUUUAUAAUGUGUCACUGUUUUUCGUUUUAAAAUGUAAUUUAACUUCCUUGUUAAUGUAAAAUGUAAUUCCUUUUGAUUAAAGGGUGAUAUUUUGUGGUGAUGAAAUUGACACCAGUGCAAUUUAUAUGAAAGAAAGUGAAAACUGUAUGUAAAGAAACAUGGUAAAGCAUAAUGCAAUUUUGUAUUUUGAUAAUGCACUUGACAGUACUGACCUUUUCAGUUGUGCUGUUGCCUGUAUAGAGACUGUAGUGUGCAUGUCGGCUAAAUAUGAUCACUAGAUUAUAUCUGAGAUUUCACUUUCAAUUUCUCAAUUCUGUAUAGGGAUUGCGUAUGAAAUAAAUUGUGAAUGUGCACAUUCCAAGACCUUUAUGCCAUGUAAGUUGCUGUAUAAACUCAUGUCUUUCACGGUUUCAUUUUUCUCUCUUCUGCUGCUCCUGUUUAUAAAUUUAAUUUAAUUCCUGCUGCAUGUUCAGCUAACUCGUAACAUUAGGUAUGUCACAAAUAAUUUGAUUUUCAUGGAGGGUGAAUUAGUUAAACCAUCUGAUACUUUUCUUUUUGUAUGAAUAUGUAAAUGUUUUUCACAUACUGUAUCUCAAAAUUAACAACAGUAAUAUUCAAAUGGACAUGUGGUCCUUAAACUAAGUAGGGAAAACACUUGUUGUAUAACUCUCCUUAUUCCUUGCCUAGACCUUCAGAGGAAACUUACCAUAUUCUUUUGUAGGAUUUUUUUGUUCUUGGAAAUAUUUGAUGAGUCUUACAGGUGAAAAGCCCUAGUUCUCAGUGUGGGGAAGUGGUUUUUGACCGCAGAUCACUUAAAUCACCACCAGAGAAUUAAUUCAGGUGCAGUCCUGGAAGUGCACCCAGUGUGGGAUGUGUUUUGCAGCAAAAUCUACUUUAAAUGUUCACCUGAGAAAUAAUAGUGAAAAAGUGAAAAUGAAAAAUGAAAUGUCUUUCAGAUAUACUUAAAUGUUUAAACAAAGAUAUAUCAUUUUAAUGACCAAAAAGAAUUCCUAAAGGUGUAUAACCUGAAAAAUGCACUUGUGUAAUGUAGUGUUUCAUGAAACCGUCCUUUACAUGCUACGCUGUGUUUGGAAAGUGUUUGAAAUGUCCAUUAAAUUUAAAGAACAACCUGAGAAUUAAUCAUGAAUAUCAUUCAUAUUUUUAAAGACAAGCCACUUGUUUCUGUUUCCAAAUUCUUAUUUGGUGGGUGUUUAUUUUGAGUUUAAAAAUUAAUGAAAGGUGGUAGGAGGCCAUCUGCAGUGUUUGUUAUAGCGUGUUCAUAGUUCCUUGCUGAUUGUAUUUUGAUCAGACAUCUGAAAAUACAGCACAAUAAUUGGGGCUAACAGGGCUGCUUUUGUUCUAACAGGUGAGUUGUUAAAAUACACUAUAAUUGCCAAUUGGCAGGUGAUAUUUUUGGUGAUGAAACUGAAACCUAUGUAAUUUGUUUGAAAGAAACAAUGUGAAAACCGUUUGGCUGUAAUGUAGUAGUAGUAAUUUAUUUUGGUCCUUGUUAACAAUUUUCCAAAAAGAAUGCACAUAGAAAUAAAUAAAUAAAUAACAAUAAGGCAUUAAAUUAAAUUAAAAAGAAAACAAAGAAUAUUGACCGAAAAGGUGUAGGCUGAAGCUUUAGCUUAUUAUACCUACCCUUUUUACAUAACAUAUUCUAAUAGGCAACCCUUUCACUACUAGGUUUAGGCUAUACAAAAACAAAACAGAACAGAAACAAAAACAAAAGUUCCAAACGUUUCAUACACAAUGAUCAUAACUCCGUUUUAUAUUUGUUUACCACAUUAUUUUUAAACAUUUUUUUAAAUUUGCAAAGUGAACUACACAUUCUUAAUGUUGAAAGAAACAUUGUAAUGUCUGUUGCAAACUUUAAAAAAGUGUACUUGACAAAAAUGACCUCCUCAGUACUGCCAAUGUAGAGACUGUAAUUGAGCAAAAAAUAAAUUUCACUUGCAUUGGG